AUGGCAAGAUUUACCUUAGAGGCCACCACCUUAACUAACAAAGUGAUUAAUCUUCGGGCACAGUACCUACCUAGACAGCCACGGACAGCCCCUGUGGACUCUGAAGUGCAGCCAGUGUAUGAAGAUGGUUAUGCAUCACUGAUCCCCUCUCACACAAUCUCUGUAAGCCAAGUGAAAAUCAGAAAUGAACCUUUUGUCUUGCCCUGUAAUGAGAGAGUGAACCUCUGGGCAGACUACGUCCUGGACCCUUCAGAGCACACGAAAGAGACUAUAGACUUUCAUUACCUGAUCAUUACAUUUGGGAGAAUUGUUUCAAGCUCAAGUAUAAGACACACAAUCUCUCCAGAUGGAGGAUUAAGGAGCUUCUUCCCAAUUCCUGUCAUGGUCAAUUCUGACAUGUCCCCAGCUUCCACCAUCUUAAUUUACGCUGGCCUUGAUUAUGGUAAUCUGAUUGCUGACAGCCUUAAAAUUCCAGUCACUAGCUGCUUUCCCAACACUGUUUCCCUUAAAUUUUCGGAGGAGCAAAGUCUUCCUGGGUCUAUGGUGAAUCUCCAUAUAAGUGCUCACCCAAACUCCAUAUGCAGUGUCCGAGCAGUGGAUAAGAGUGUCGAGCUCCUGAAAUCAGAAGAGAGACGCUCGGAGGACAAUGUGAAUACAUUCUUAAAAGAAUGGGAUACAGAAGGUUACCCUAUAGAGAUUGAAGAGCUUCAGGAGUGUCCACCCGGUUCUUCUCCUGUUUUUGUAGACGCUUCAGAACAGCCUGAUAUAUUCAGUCUUUUUAAGCAUUGUGGGAUAAAAGCCUUAACCAACUUCGCAAUACGGAAGCCGCUGGAGUGUGAAUCGCAGGGCCCAGAAAUAUUACAGAAUUUCGUUAAUGCAAAAGCAGUAUUUCCAGGAGUCAAAGAAGAUGCACCACCACAAGAAAACGUUCGCAGAAGAUUCCCAACUACCUGGAUAAUGAACUUGAUGCUAAUAGGAUCCACUGGUGAACUGGACUAUCCAGUCAAAACUCCAGACACCAUCACCCAGUGGAAUGCAGACGCCUUCUGCACAUCAACCAUUGGUCUUGGCUUUUCACCCCGGAUAUAUCUUCAAGUGUUUAAACCAUUUUUUCUGGAGAUGAUCAUCCCAUACUCAGUUAAACAAGGGGAGACUUUCGUACUGAAGGCAAUUGUCCUCAACUUCAUGAGGAGGUGUAUCAAGGUCCAGGCAACUUUGUACGAGUCAAAAGACUUUCAACUGGAACCAUGUGAAGGUUGCUUGUACAAUGCCUGCCUCUGUAGUGAUCCAACCUACACCUUUAUCUGGAACAUCAAACCCUUAACCCUGGGCUAUAUUAAUAUCAGCGUUGGUAUAGAGGCAUUGAGCACUAGCGAUCUAUGUGAUGGACAGAAGCCUAUGGUGCCUAAAAGAGGACAGUCAGACAUUGUGCAGAGGCGCCUUAUAAUUGAGCCAAAUGGAGUACCAGAGGAAAAGACACACAGUAUUCUCCUAUGCGCUUUUGAGUUGGACACAAUUCUCCUGGACCUUCCAGAAAACGUUGUGCUUGGAUCUCAGUCAGCAAAGGUUACUGUUACAGGUGAUAUCAUGGGAAAGCCAUUAGACAACUUGAAUAACCUUGUGUUGCUGCCAUUUGGCUGUGGAGAGCAGAACAUGAUGUUACUUGGCCCUAUCAUAGCAGUUAUAAAUUACUAUAGUACCACAGGGCAACUGACUGAUGAGAUUGUGGCUAAAGCAACCGAAUUCAUGGAGACUGGAUUACAGAACCAACUUAAUUACAAGCAUACAGAUGGAUCCUACAGCGCCUUUGGGAACAGUGAUCCAUCUGGAAGUACAUGGCUGACAGCAUUUGUAGCACGUAUAUUUUUUAUGGGUCUGAAAUACAUCUAUAUAGAAUACCGACACAUCACAGAAGCUCUGGACUGGCUGAAGGGGCAGCAGCAAAGCAAUGGCUGCUUCAAAAGUGUAGGUCAAAUAUUUCACAAGGAGCUUCAGGGAGGAGUGGACAACGAGAUCACUCUCACUGCAUAUGUUACUUUAACAUUACUAGAAAUAGGAGAUCCACAAUACGAUGAGACAAUCGAGAAAGCAAAGCAAUGUCUGGAGAAAUGCACUGAUGCACAAAGCUCAACCUACACGAAGGCACAAUGUGCAUACACUUACACUCUGAUGGGUGACACAGAGAAGAGGACACAACUUUUGGAGCAGCUGGAUCAAGUGGCCAUAAAGAAAGAUGCUAUGACACACUGGUCCCAAAAUUCUGAGAUCCCUUCAGAUGACCCAUUAUGGUCAAAGCCAAACUCUGGAAAUGUGGAGACCACAGCAUACGUUGUGUUGGCCACGGUGUCAGGAACCAACCCAACCAAAACGGAUCUCGGGGCGGCAGUGCCUGCCAUCCGCUGGUUAAAUUCACAGCAAAAUAGCAAUGGAGGAUUCACCACCACUCAGGACACAGUAGUUGCUAUCUUUGCAAUGUCUAAAUAUGGCUCCUUAACGUUCGUGGAUGAAAACAUGCCGACUGUCACCAUUACCAAUGACAAAGGGUUCAGUGCAAAAGUAACAGUGAAUCCCCAGAACCCGACAGAAGUGAAAGUUGUGGACUUGCCUGACAUCCCAGCAGAGUACACUCUGGAAGCAUUGGGAAGCGGAUGUGCAUAUGUGCAGAUUAUAAUAGGAUACAAUAUUCUGAAUCCAGAGCCAGAAAAGUCGUUUAUGCUUGAUGCAGUAACCUCAGCAAUUGAGUGCCCCCCUCACCCUGCGCCAAAAUUCAGCAUAGGAAUCAGUUUCAGUUUAAGUGAUGCAAGUGAAGAUCAAGCUUCUAACAUGGCCAUCAUAAUUGUAAAAAUGGUGUCUGGAUUUGUCCCUGUAGAAAGGUCUGUAAAUGCGCUCUUAGCCAACAGCGUGGUGAAGAAGGUGAAAAGCAGCCCGGCGGAUGUGACAAUCUAUCUGGAAAAGAUUGACCGCAAUACAAUCCAGCUCUCGGUAGAUGUUGAGCAGCAGAGUGAAGUGCAGGACCUGCAGCCGGCCGUGAUAUAUCUGAAGGAUUAUUAUGAGACCUCACGACGUAUUGAGGUGACUUAUCAAAGUCCGUGCAAGUAAGACCUACUAGUAUGGAAUCCUGGUGUCUCCUGAGUAUCAUUUAUAGUCAAGUAUACUCAUCAUACUAUCUUCUUUUUCUACAAUCUUUUUCUUAUGACAUAGUAUUCUUUUUACGUCCCUGCCUCUUAUUCUAUUUAUUGUUCCUAUUCCUAUCAUAAUUACUUAUUAUAUUUUAUCACUUAUCCUUAUUCCUACUUCAUAUCUUUCCUUUUUUCCCCAUAAUUUUUCUUCUCCCUAUUCCUAUCAGAACCUUAUCACAUUGAUCGCAUAUAAUCAGCUGCUCACAUUCACUCCAAAAUGAGGCUUGAGAC